AUGGGAAACGCAAAUUGCUCACGAUGCUGCCAGGGCGCUGACAAAAAAUGCGAACUCGAUCUAAAAUCAUCAGUAUUUGUUAUUUAGAUUAUUCUGCAAAGCUAUAAUCAUUUACGAAGGAGUGUUAACCUUGGAUCUCAGCCUUCAGAAGCAACCUCCACAAGUCCAGAUUCUCAGCAAGAAAUCGCAGCAGUAAAAAUAAAAAAUGCUUGGCAAAUUUAUCGUAAUAUCAAACAAUAUCAGCAUAUAAAAAAGCUAUGCCAGCCUAACAAUAAUUACUUUACUUCAGAAAGCAUUAAAGAGACUAUUAAAUCAGCUCCUCUAUCAACAAAAAGGAAAAAGAAAGGAACUUUCACUUAUAAAUCUGGAGCUACUUAUGAUGGCGAAUGGGUAGGUGGCUUUAGAGAUGGCCAAGGAGUAAUGAUUUGGCCUGAUGGCUGUAUAUAUCAAGGAGAAUUUAGCUUUGGCUAUCCUUUUGGUGAAGGAAAAUUUACUCACGUAGACCAAGAGAUAUAUGAAGGGAGAUGGAGAAAUCCUUAUGCCUCAGGAAACCACCCAUUUAAUUCAGGCUCAAAAUCGUUCCUUGAAAGCAUUGUUAAUGGAAAAAGAGAUGGAUACUGUAAUUAUCUAUUUAGUGUGGCUUUGGUAUAAACAUGAAGCUAUGAAAUCAAUUCCUCCUAAGCAAAGGUCGUCAAAAUUCUCUUUAGAUCACUGCAGAAAAGUAGGGAACUUGCAAUUAAAUUUCAAAAAAAUUCAAAAAUUACUUGAAGAACCAAUUGCACUUCUUAAAGCUGAAUUUAAAGAAAAUUUCAAUGAAAAAUACAAAGAAACCAGAAUUGAAGGGGGAAUAAGGUAUUUUGGAGAAUUAUCGGAAGGGAAAAGACAUGGAAAAGGCAGAAAUUUGUGGGAAAAUGGAGACAUGUAUGAAGGACAAUGGGAAAAUGACACUCAAACUGGUGCUGGAAAAAAUACAUGGACUGAUGGGAGUAGCUACGUAGGCUAUUAUAAAGAAAACCUAAAAGAAGGAAUAGGCCAUUAUAUUUGGGAUGAUGGGACACAAUAUAUAGGUGAAUGGAAAAAUAACCAAAUCCAUGGUGUAGGCAAAUAUAUGUGGGCUGAUGGAAGGCAAUACCUAGGGUGGUGAGAUAGCGGCGUUAUGAAUGGAUUUGGAAUUUUCACUUGGAAAGAUGGAAAAAAAUAUGAAGGAGACUGGGAGCAAGGUAAAAAACAUGGGAACGGAUACACGAUUACAAAUGAUGGAAAAAUAAGCCAAGACAGAUGGGAGCAUGGAAAAAUGAUAAAAUUGGGAAAUUAA